CCUUGCGCUUAUAAUUAUCUAGCACCAAGUAUUUUUUUUAUUUUUUUUUAAAACAAAAUGGGAACUUUCACUAAAGUCAUUUUUACUGGUAUAUGUGUCGCAUUCCUGGCUGUCAAGUGGAAUGCACCCAAGUUUGAUGCAGAAUCACUCAAGGGCGCCAGGGUAUUGGUGACGGGGGCCAGCACGGGUAUCGGUGAACAAAUGGCGUAUCAUUAUGCCCGCUUUGGUGCCCAGAUUGUUAUUACAGCAAGGAGGGAGAAAGUAUUACAGCAGGUGGUAGAAAAGUGCCUAAGUUUAGGGGCCCAGAAAGCUCUUUAUGUUGCAGCAGACAUGUCCAGUGAGUCUGAGCCUGCUAAAGUGGUAGAUUUUGCUCUGGAGAAGCUGGGAGGGUUGGAUUACCUGGUUCUCAACCACAUUGGCCCGAGCCCCUUCAGCAUGUGGACGGGAGAUGUGGAUCACACCAAGUGGCUGAUGAGUGUCAAUUUCUUCAGCUAUGUUCAGAUGGCUUGGAAAGCUUUGGCCUCCCUUGAAGACAGUAAAGGAUCACUCAUAAUUGUUUCAUCACUUUUGGGUAAAAUGUCCAGUCCCUUCGUGGCGCCAUAUACCUCAACAAAAUUUGCCUUGAACGGAUUCUUUGGGUCCCUUCAGCACGAGCUGGCUAUGAAGAAAAGCAACGUGUCGGUGUCUAUAUGCACGCUGGGGCUCAUUGAUACCGAAGCAGCUAUGGAUAAAGUCAAGGGUGUCACUAAAGUACCAGCCUACCCUGCCACAGACGCAGCCUUGAACAUCAUCAUGACAGGUGCUACGAGACAGUCGGAUCUCUUCUACCCCUGGUUCACGUACAUUGCGGCUGCCAGCAAAGACAUGUUUCCUUCUGUUACAAACUAUAUCAUCCAGAACUCCUACAACUACAUCCCUUGAAGCGCGUCGGUCUGUAGCACUAUUAUAAAAGUUCUCAAUUCACAACAUUGACGUGCUAGAGCUUUGAUAUCAAGUGUAUAAUGAAUUGAUACACACACUGAGCAUGGAUAUACUGUGGACGGUUCUGUCUAUAUCUAGUAAAUUCCACUUAUAUUCCUCUCAGAUUUAGCUUUCAUACUCUAGUACACCCAAUUUUGUACCCUAAUCUUUGGUUUCCACUUUCCUCAUUUUGCUUUUUGAGAGUGGUCCAGCUCUAAAAUGUCUACAGGGAGAACAGCUCAGUGAGUCAGUGAGUGUAAAUCAAGAAAGAAAAAAAUACACCAGACUCACCACUCAUAAGACAGCACAUGGUGCAACACACAAUAUGAGAGGACGCCUCCUCUUCUUCAGAUGAGAUUCAGCUUUGGAUCUAAUAUCAAACUUUUACAUUAUUGCUAUUCUGCGGUCAAAGAAGGAAACAAAUAAAACACAUUUUCACCGUA